AUGGUAUCAAAGAUUUACUCUAAAGUACACCACAGAUGUUGCACGAGGCAUCUUACUGAAAAUGCAAGAAAAGAAUUUCAUUGUGGAGAUUUCCUUGGACAUUUUUAUCAUACAACUAAAGCAUACUGUAAAGAUGUGUUCAAUGACCAUUUUGAAGAAACUAGAUAUAUCAAUGCAGAAGUCGCCGAUUAUCUUGAGAAUGUUGGCUUCCGUAAAUGGAAUAGAGCAUACUUCCCAGGAAAUAGGUAUGAUGUAUUGACGUCAAACAUUGCUGAGUCUGUUAACUCAAUGUUUAAUAAAGAAAGAGAAUUCCCCAUUACUGCCCUAUUCAAUACUAUAAAUGAAGACACAUUCACCAUCACCGGGGAAAGUGGGGUCUCAAUGGUUGAUCUACGAAGAAAAACAUGUUCGUGUCGCGAGUUUGACUUGGAAAAAAUACCUUGUUCACAUGCUAUGGCAGCCCUUAGAAGUAAAUUCGGAGAUGAAUAUGGAAAGAUGGUUUUUGAGUACUCUUCUUCGUAUUAUAAGGUAGAGUUAUACGUGCUUGCAUAUACAGACCCAAUCUUUCCAGUGCCAGCUGAAGAAUUUUGGAGCCCUCCUCUGGAGAUUUUACAGAGACGAAUACCUCCACCUGAAAAGAAAACCAAACGGGGAAGGAAACGGAUGAAGCGGGUACCUGGAGUUGCGGAAGGAUUUUCAAAGAAGAAGUUUAAUAAAUGCUCCUUAUGCAAAAGAUUUGGCCACAAAAAAAUACAUGCCCUACAAGACGAGGUGGUGAUGCAGGAACAAGCCGUGGUGUAG